AAUAAAAUCGAGCGAUAGAGCAUUGUUAGAAAUCUAUAAAUCCCAAGUUUUAGUGUAUCUUUUCAACAUUUAAUUAUCGAGUUAGAGCGCAUCGAAGUUUACUCGAAAGGAAAAAACGAUGGGUCCCAUUUUAGAGUUCACUGCCGAUCAUUGUAAGUCGAAUAAUUUUUAGCAAUGUCUCAUUUGAAAGAGAAUUGAAAGUACUACAUUCAAGUUUUCUCGACAUGAUCCAACUGUUACAAGUCAAUUUAGCUAGAUUUAAAAAUCUGUAGAAUUUCAGAAACAAGGUAGACAUUUCGAUUUAGUAAUUGAUGCCACGUAUCAUUAAUAGUUAACAAUCCUGUCGGAUAGUAUAUCGAGUCCACUAGCUUUAUGAGAAAGCUAAAAACUUUACCGAGACUAAAAAUUCAGUAGUUCUUUCGAUUGGUGACCAUUAGAACUAUUGUUUUUCUCAAGCCACAUUCGAGCUUUUAGCGCGUCUUGAGAAAAGCUUUGUUUUAUGCAGAUUUUUAUAUUUUUUCAGAUUUUUAGUCGAGAGAGCAUGCGAAGUUCGAGACUUUGUUUUAAGAUUUUUCUAGACGCCCGCUAAAAACUCGAAUGUGAUUUGAGAAAAAGAAGAAGAAGUACUUAUUCCUUAUCUAAUAAUGAUAAUUAGCAUCAAUUAGUAAAUCGAAAUUUUUACUCUGUUCCUGAGAUUCUACAAAUUAUUUUCUUUAUGAAUCUGAUAGACAGAGUGGGGCGGAAAUCGAGAUUCAAUUCUAAUGUCAACAUAAAUAAAAGCUUUUCUUUUUGUGUCUUACACACUCAUAUUUUGCAUCUGUAUUAUAUUUAGAAUUUUCCACUCUGUGCAUGAAGCAGAAAGCACAUAGUUUGAGUUCUGUUAAGAGUUAAACUGUUGUAAUUUCAAUUCUGAAUAAGUCAUAAGACUAAACUCUAAUAGUCUGAUGUUUCAAUAAAGAAUUUUUAUUUUGAACUUAAAACUGUCAUGAAAUAUUCAUUUUAGAAUGCGUAGUAAAAUGUCAACAAUUUGUUGAAAAACAUUGUCUUGCUUAUUGUCUUAUGGCAUUAAGUUCACGAUGUGGUUUAUUACGAGCUGUUGUUUACAAUUGUCUUGCUCGUUUUGAACAACAUUUAAUAUCACAAAGAUUUUAUUGUAAAGAACAAAUAUUAACAAUGCUUACAUUAUUAAAACAAAGUAUUAAAAAACCCAAUUUAAAAUUAGCACCGAUUGUUGGAUUAUUUCUAUCAAAAUUAGUUGAUUUAUUUACUCAUCCAGAAUCAAAAAUGUAUCGAACAAUAACAAGAUUUCUUCUUAAACAACCAUAUAUCGAUCUUGUUCAUGUUCCACUUUUUAGUGAUCUUUUCCAUAGUUCAACAAUUGAAUAUAAAUAUGAACGUGGGUGGAUAUUAAAUUUAUUAAAACAUGGUAUAAAAGAUUCAAUUGAUUAUACAUUAUGUACAAAAGCAUAUGUAUUUAAAACAUUAAUGACAUUUUAUGAUUGUUCAUUAUGUGAUGAUUCAACAAAACUUGAAAUUCUUAAUGUUUUUUAUUCUACAAGUAAACUUCAAGAUGUAUUAAUGUCACUCUUAUUUGAUUAUGGAUUUCUUCUUUGGUUACAAGUUAGCGUUAAAAAUUGUUCUAGUGAAUGUUUGAUGAUAUUAUCAUUGAUUACUCAAAAUAUUGGUUUACGUUUAGUAUCAAUUGAUAAUCAAGUACAAUUAUUAGAAUUUGAUUGUCUUCUGAUGUUAUUUAUACGUCGAUUAAAAACUGAAACAACAAUUGCAUCAUCAAUUGCCGAUAAUGUGAUAUCUACUUUAAUAAAACAUCAAGAACGUUUAAAAUCAUCGAAAAUUUUUCCGAAGAUAAAACAGAUAAAACAUAUUGUUGAUUGUUCAACAAUCAUGAAGAAUACUUCGUUGUUAUCUUGUUUUUGUUAA